AAUCAGCUCUUUCUUUCACAGUACCUUUUAAACGUCAUCGUUUUACCCUAGAGGGUUCACCCUAUAUUUUCCGUGUAGUUAAAUUGUUGCAUCUGGGGUUAGGGUUUCUCUCUAUCAAAGUCGAAGAAGAGGUGGAGGACAAAGCGGCAAACAUCAGCUUAAGCAGCCAUGGUUCUCAAGACCGAGCUUUGCCGUUUCAGUGGUGCAAAGAUAUACCCAGGUAGGGGUAUCAGAUUCAUCCGUUCAGAUUCUCAGGUUUUCCUCUUUGCAAAUUCCAAAUGCAAGAGGUAUUUCCACAACCGCCUGAAGCCAUCCAAGCUCACCUGGACCGCCAUGUACCGUAAACAACACAAGAAGGACAUUGCUGCUGAAUCUGUGAGGAAGAAGCGUCGUGCCACCAAGAAGCCUUACUCUAGGUCCAUUGUUGGUGCCACAUUGGAAGUUAUUCAGAAGAGGAGGACAGAGAAGCCAGAAGUUCGUGAUGCUGCUCGUGAAGCCGCCCUUCGUGAAAUCAAGGAGAGGAUCAAGAAGACCAAGGAUGAAAAGAAGGCAAAGAAAGCAGAGUUGACGAAGAGUCAGAAAUCUCAGGGUAAGGGUAACAUACCCAAGGGUGGUGCUGCUACCAAGGGCCCCAAGCUUGGAGGUGGUGGUGGGAAGCGGUGAUUUCCUCCCAGUUUUCUCAGACCUUAUUGCCCUAGCUUAAUUAACAUAUUUUGUCAUUGGUUUAAGUUUUUCAUUUACGAAUGGAUUAAAUGGCUAUGAAUGCCAAUCACUUUUGUUUUGGAAAUUCCCGUCUUAUGUGAGUUAGAAUUAUCAUUUAUUUUACUUGAGCAUAUUUAACUGGACCCAAGGGUGGUGCCAAUAACUCUUUUUUUAGUUUUAA